GAAGGAGGAGGAAACGAGGAGGAAAGGAAAGGAAGGAAAAGGCAGAGAGAGGGAAGGAAGUAAGGGAAGAAGAGAAGGGGAGGGGGAAGAGGAAAACCGAGAGAGAGGGGCUAGUAGAUGUAGCUCUAGCUGUGGGCCGGGGGGUGAGCUACCUAGCCCGGGCUGCUCGCCGAAACAUCCAUGGGUGGCUGUGUCGGGAGCCACCACGACUCUUCGGGCAGCUUAAACGAGAACUCGGACGGCACUGGAGUGGCUCUAGGGCGUAACCAGCCCCUGAAGAGAGAGCGGCCUAAAUGGAAAAGUGACUACCCAAUGACUGAAGGCCAGCUGCGCAGCAAGAGAGAUGAGUUCUGGGAUACAGCGCCAGCAUUCGAGGGCCGGAAAGAAAUCUGGGAUGCGCUACGAGCAGCGGCCAGCGCCUUUGAGAGCAAUGACCACCUGCUGGCUCAGGCCAUCCUGGACGGGGCCAGCAUUACACUGCCGCACGGAGCUCUGACUGAAUGUUACGAUGAACUGGGGAACAGAUACCAGCUACCCGUCUACUGCCUUUCCCCUCCUGUCAACAUGAUUGAGGAACGCUCCGAUGAGCCUGACGGUUCCGAUCCAGACUCUGGGGCUGCGGAUCCAUCCACGGGCAGCGCCAGCGACCCAGGCUCAGGAGGGGAGUGUCAGCUUCGCCUACGACUCUCCACUGGACGUGACCUCAGGUUGGCGGUCCGCUCUACAGACACAGUGGGCAUGAUGAAGCGGCGUCUACAAAGUCAGGAGGGCGUACCCGCCACGACCCAGCGCUGGUUUUUCUCAGGUCGGCCGCUUACAGACAGGCUGCGCUUGGACCAGCUCAACAUCUCCAGAGACUACGUAGUGCAGGUCAUCCUCAGCCAGCCACCAGCGCCUGUAUCCACUCCAGGACAUACACAAGGGGCCUCCGGUCCUGUGGAAGGUGAAGGAGUGGCUGCACUUUCACAAGAACCCACGCCUGUGGAGAACUAACUGCCCCAAACCUCAAGCCUGGAAGCGGGCUUAGCUAUGAGCUAGCAGACUGAAAGAAAGAGGACGAUAAGGGAGGAAAGAGAAAGAAUUGCUGACUCUGUUUUUGUUUUUUUUUUCCUUCAUUUUCUUUUCUCUUGUCCUCUCUUCUCCGUUGUUUUUGCAAGCAAUGCUGAGAAGGUCUUUGUUGGAACAGGGUUUGCCUGUCUGCUGGAGCAAAAGGACUCUCUGAAUUGAGAAAAGGCUCUUCUUUUUGGUUUUACAUGUUGAAAUUUUGACCUUUUCUGAAGUCUUUUUAACUGUUCCUAUGGAAACCAAACAACAAGAAAAAGAGAACUGUGUCUGAUGGCUUAAAGGGUUUUCUUAGCAACACUGGGGUGCGAAUGUUUCUGUGUUUGUCAGUUUCUUUCCAAGUUCUGCACUUUGGCAAAGCUAGGUCAGCAGAAUUGGGGGGGGGGGGGUUAGGCUACAGGGUUAUAUAUACAUUUCAAUGCAUACAUUUCAGCUUGGAUCAUUCAGAAAGAAAAGAAUAAAAAUAGUUUAACUGUCACAACACUUAUUCAGGCAUUUAUUGUUUGUGAUCGGAUCACAUGGGGGUUACAUGAGCUUUGUCUCAGCUGUUGGUAUCGCCAGUUAAAAAGAUGUGACCUCCCUUUCAAGAGACUGCAGACAGGAGGUGUGACUGGACAUUUUACCAAGAUGCUGCUGGAUUAGAUUCUUUAUUUCAUCCUGCUUCACAGAACAAUCAGAGCAAUCAUUAAUAAACGUAAAUAAGUCAGUCUAUGUUUGCAUAUGUGUGUGUGUGUGUGUGUGUGUGUGUGUGUGUGAGAGAGUGACAGAAUAAGGGUGUGUGUGCUAUUGUAUCCAUUCAUGACCAUGACACAACCACGCUUAUUCAUGUGACGAAAGGAUGGACAUCAGAAACACAGCUGCAUAUUUUGAUUAAAAAUAGUGUUUUUAAUUAAACCUAAUCUUUGUUUCU